UAUCUACUAAGUCGAUCAGCAAUUGCACCCAGUGUUCUUUUGUUUACACAAUGAGAGACAGUAUAAUUACUGCAGACAAUGGACUCUUUUUACAUCAUUUGGAAUCGGUUCUACAUAAUUCAUAGGAGCUAAUUAACUGUAAAGAUUAGAUAUGUAAAACUAAACGACUUCCACCUCUGAUAACUUUUGUUGUUUUAUCGAUAAGGUAAAAUAACACUCGGAGCAUUUGACGGAAAACAAAAUGGCGGAUAUGGAAACAAAUACGACUCUCUUGAAUCGAGCAUUAGAGACGCCUCCGAUCAUAGAACUCCUCAUGCCAACAGUCGUCAUGAUGGCCAUUAUAUUAUCUGGUGUGUUAUACGUAUGGGUCUCUACGUCGUUUGUUCACUGGCAGGGCAAAAACAAGGGUCAUUUCUGGGACGCAACACGUAACGGCGACCAGCUAGAUAUCUUGCCUACUGAUACGAAAUUCCUGUGUGACAUAGGGGAACCAUUUUACUGUGAUUUUGACCUUGAGGUUCUUAAUUCAAUUAAUGGUUUCCAAAAUAAACCUAAAAAUGUUCUGAAGAUAGCGCUCCCGUCGUUUCUGUCACUGAUGAUGUGCGCAACGGUGUUGUACCUCCUUGAUCCUAUACAGCGAUGGCUUUGGCCUGAAUAUGUUGGGAAGGCGUACGGUCGCCCUGAUAUCAACACCGCUCUCACUUGUUUUCUUGCCCCUGCUGGCCUUAUCUUCGCUUUGUUCUUCGGCUUCCAGUUUCAGAACGUACUCCAGAAACAACAAACCGUGAUGGCGAAACUCACUCACGAACUAAGCCUGUUGGACCAGAUCGUUACAUUGACAGCAAAAUUACAACUCCCUUCGAAACAGCAUAUGUUGUCCAUCAUAAGGGCAGUUAAGGCAGAGACGAUAUCCAUCAUUCUACAGAUAAGAGGUUCACGUGCGGUCAUGCUUGGUGGGCACACCAAACCACCAAAAGACAUGCAGUGUGAGAAAAACAUUCAUGAUAAACAAAUCUCGGUUUAUAUAAUAGAUUAUUUUAUGUAUCAAUUCUUGAAAUUCAGAGAGUCACAAAUAAGGUGGUUCUUCUUAGAGUUGCUGGGAAUAUUUGUGUUUCUCGGAGUGUUGUUCCUCUACGCCAAUUCCAGCAAGAUGGAGGUCGCAAUGUGUGAAGUGACCAUUUUCUCCAUCAGUAUGAUGUGUUACGUGGUCGCAGAUCUCGAUGAUCCGUUUAAUGGCGUGUUUCGUGUGGACCUUUCCGUCCUACCAGCUGUUUUGAAGAGGGCUAGAACUAUGUACGACAAUAUAAAAGUGGGAGACUAUUCAAUAUGCUACUACCCAUCAUGAAAACCUGACAAAUAGAUCCAAGAUAAAUAACAAUUUGAAGAAAUGGAACCGGCAAGUGUUAAAAAGGAAUGAGCGUAUACGUAUUUGAGGCAAACUGUGCACAGUCAACUCUAGGCUAACGGAAGGUGGAUAACGGGAGUCAAACCGGACACCUUAAUGGAGAAUCUGUAGUUUUUUCAAAGAAUUAACGCAACUUUAAUGAUGACUAUAUUUAUUAUAUUAUCUGUAAAAACGAGGAUUUUAGUUAGGUCGAGAAAAAGAUAUAUAUGAAUCUUAAUGUUAUACAUUUAGCCAAUCAAUGUCAUCCUGUCAUAGCAAGAGGGUGAUGA